AUGCGUGAGAAGAACUGGGAGAUCAAGGACAUAUAUAGGACAAGAGCCGGAAAAAAGGUUUUGCCAGAAGAUGCAUUCCACAAUGAGCUUAAAACCUACAAGCUAGGUUACUGUCAUGAAAUAGCAAGUGAAGUGACAAAUAAGCCACAACCAAAGGCCACUCGAGGGCCAACUCUCAUGGGUGAUAUUUGGGCCAAAGUCCCUAAUGCAAAACCUAUUGUGAUUGAAUUUAACAUUAACUUCCAGCCCAUUAGCACGAAAUGGCAAGAGAGGUUUGAAGUUCCCGAAGGCAUGCAUCCAUGGAUUCUGAAAUCCACAAACAAGAAGUGGAAAAAUUGGAAAUCAAGAAUCAAACGCUGUUAUUUCAAUCCUGCAUUACCUGUGGAUGUUCUAGUGAAAAGAAAACCAGAUCGUGUAGUUAAAGAUCAAUGGAAAAGUUUAUUGUUACAUUGGAACAUGGAAGAAGUGAAGGAAUGGAGUGAAAGAAAUAAAGAACAUAGGCAGAAGUUGGUGAUGCCUUCAACAACCGGAAAGUUAAGUUUUGCUGAAAUCACUGCAGAAUUGACUGAAAGAUUAGGACGAGCCCCCACACGUGUGGAGCUGUUCGCUGCAUGCUAUUGUGAUUCUGAGUGCGAUCCUUCAAAUCCUGAAGUUGGAGCUAAAGUUUCAAAACUACCUCCAGGAUCAGAAGAUCCACUUGGACCUAAUGAUACCUUUGCCAAAGUCAUGGGCAAAGAUCCUCCAGGUAGAGUUCGAAUGACGGGAUUAGGAGUGUGUCCUUCAGAUUUAUGGGGCAGCAAUCCAAAUCGAAAUGCAUGCUACCAAAUGGUUUUGGAGCAUCAGGAAUUGGUUCAACAACAACAAGCAACAAUUGCAAGAAUAGAAGAAAAGAUGGACAACACGUCGAGGUUACUUACAAGAGUGGAAGAAAAGUUGCAACAUCAGCAAGUGUCAUCACUAGGAAACCAGUCCAACUCAACAAAAUUGGGACAAAAUUUGAAGGUUGGGCGUGAGGUACUUCUGAAAAAUAUGGAGGGUAAGGUUGUUGCUCUAGGGUGGCUAAACAGCUUGGACCCAAAUCAAGUUGUUGGGGGAGCACGACUACGAACUAGUUGCGGUUAA